GUUGCGCGGCACACUGCCAGUGCAGCGGACGCCUCCGUGCUGUUCGCGUGUUAGACGCUUCUUAUGGAAGGAAAUGCUCCUUUCUGCUGCUUUCUUUUGUCCCUAAUACGUGUUGUGCGGGGGGCACUAAGGCUGUAGCUACAAGGCCCGGACCCGUUUCCCUGCUCUCUUUCGAUGUUGUUGCACAUCGGUGCGAGUUAGCCGGCGUUAGGCUAGCUGUGUUUAUUAGCGAGAUUAGCUAGCUAGCGGGGUGUUGUCUUCACGGUACUUGGGCCUGUUAUAGAGCACAGACCCCACAGCGAUGAUUUAAACGUCUUCUGCCAUGUUUAACCGGCUAGCAGUAUAGCCAGUCGCGACGUUUAGGAGUAAAUCAGUAAUAAGAGGAGGAACCGUGCUAGCUAGCCGACCCGCUAGCAUAGCGUUAAGGUUAGCUCGGGGAAAGCGCAGCGCGGCGUGUGGCUUUGCUGGCGCUGACAUUAGUUACGACUGACUUCUGAGAGGAGCGUUAGCGAGAUAAAGAAUAGUUAUGUAGGUUAGCUUUGCGAACCAUAUGCAGACCGCUGUUUACACUGGGGCUGUAGUCUUAUCAGCAGGUAUCUAGUUAUCGAGCCUCCCCACUCUCCGGCUCCCAGAGUCCUGAAUUGGCGCUGCUGGCCGUUCAACACAGUGAAAGCAACAUUAGCUGCAUCAGUACUGUUCAAAAGUUUGGGAUCGAUGUUUUCCGCAAUAUAAAGAGACGUUUGUUGCGGAUAUGUAACUAGGUUAUAGAAGAGCUGUUCUUAUGCAGCACAGUGCAAAACACGUUUCAUAUAACAUUAAGUUAAUCAGUCAGAAAAUAAAAUAACACAUUUUAAAGCAGAAGGUUGGAUCGAGCUUUGGAGGACUCCUGUUUACGAAGUUAUCAAGUCACAUUCUUGCCGUGCAGAAUGAAAUACCUAAAAAUAAUGUUCCAAUUUAUAUGUAUGUUAUAAACAUAAUAUAUAUAAAUUAAUUAGUGUGUGUUUGUGUUUAAAUCUAUACGCGUUGUUACAGGAUAAUAAAAGGUUGCAGUUUGAGUGGUAGUGCCACUUGUGUGAGAUGCAAAAUAACCUUUUACAGUUCUUCAUCAUGUGUUGUGUAUUCACCUCAGUUUAGUCAUUCCCCUUAAUCCUGUAGAAAUAUUAUCAUAUAUGAUUAAAGGCCUGAGCUAUAGAAAAAUAAUUUUUCUCACAUUUUUUGACGAGUGAUAUAAAGUGUGUAAACACUGGUAAAGUUUCUAAGCGCCCCGUUCACUGCUUGGACCACACGGUCGUAUUUUUAAUUCAUGUUUUUUGUGACGUCGAACGCCCGCCCGCCUAUUCGGCCUACAGCAGUGUAGCUCCGCCCACUUACUUUUUAAGGAGUGUUUCUGCUUGGACAGCUUUUUAGGGAGGCGCAAUAGGGAGCAGCCAAUCAGAAGCAGAGCUCAUUUACAUCUUUCAGUAUUAAAGGCACAGUAACUAAAACGGUUGUAAGGGAUGCAGAAAGGUUGAAAAAUAAUAAAGAUUAAUUAUGAUCGGUUUUGGUAUAGAAGCACAAGCCUGUAUCGUUACUUGUACAUAGCAUGAUCUUUGCUGCUUUACCAAAGGGCCUCUGCUGUCUCGAAAGUAGUCAACUUUCUUUCUGUGUUAAAUAUAUAUAUAUAUAUGUGUAUGUAUGUAUGUAUAUGUAUGUGUGUAUACUCUGUGGUGAGAGUAGAGAGCAGGUGGAAGAGAAUCUGAAGAGGUGGAGGUUUGCACUGGAGAGGAGAGGAAUGAAGGCUUGAAUGAUGUCAGAGCAGGAUCUAGUGGAGAUAGUCCAAAUUGCUGUAGCAGACUUAAAUCAUGAGGAUCAUGAUGGAGACAUGCUGGAGAACCAUGAGGAGGCCGAUAAGCCUGAGCGGAAGCGGGCGAGGAUGGAAAGCAGUAAUCAGGAUGCAACUCUUAAGACGAUGCUGGUGUCCAUCAGCCAGGCCAUCUGCCAGAGGCUGGACAGCAUGGAGACCAAACUGCAGGUACUGGAGGCUACAUGUCGAGCUCUAGAAGAGAAGCUUGACACAGUAAUGGGGAAAAACCAUGGGCCUAUCCAGGUCCCCAUGGUGGCUGGAUCUCCUUUCGGUGCAACACAAACCUGUGACAAAGUUCGCUGUAUGGUGCCACAGACCAAUGUGGUGGUGAGUAGUGAACGCUCUAAAGCUGCCCAGGAAGAGACUAUACCCCGCGCCACAGACUCUCUGGAGAACCUACUCAGCAAAACUCUUGAUUUACACGGAUGUCAGCCUUUUGAGUUUGAAGCCAAAAAGUCUUAUGCUAGUGACUCUGAGCCAUUAACAGUUGACUGUUCGGCUGGCAGUACGGUAGGCAGAGGAAGGCAAAAAACAAUUGUGCUGAAGGUCCCGGGGCCAGAACAGAGCCAGGAAGAACAGGACAGUGGCUCAGAGGCCAGCGACUCUGUGUCCAACAGCGGUCAAUCCUCGGGCCAAAACACCAACAAUGUCACACUCAUCACUCUCAACUCAGAAGAAGACUACCCAUCAGGUACAUGGCUGGGGGAUGAGAAUAAUCCGGAAAUGCGUGUACGCUGCCCUGUGUCAGCAGCUGACAUGCUGCACAUCAGCAGCAACUGUCGCACACCAGAGAAGAUGGCCCUCACACUGCUGGACUACCUGUUCCACCGUGAGGUGCAAGCUGUCUCCAACCUGUCCGGCCAGGGAAAGCACGGCAAGAAGCAGCUAGACCCUCUCAUGAUCUACGGCAUUCGCUGUCAUCUGUUUCACAAGUUCACGAUCACAGAGUCUGACUGGUACCGCAUCAAGCAGAGCAUCGAUUCGAAGUGCCGCACAGCAUGGAGGCGGAAACAGCGGGGACAGAGCCUAGCCGUCAAGAGCUUUUCUCGCAGAGCGCCUGCAGCCCGCACCAGUGGAGAGGGAGUCUCUGUAACAGAAACAGCGUCCAUAGACUCUUCUACCCAGCAGGCUUUGCAGUAUGCCUUGGCUGGUGCUGCCCAGCAGGUUCAGAUCCACCGUAUAGGAGAGGACGGUCAGGUGCAGGUGAUUCCACAGGGACACCUCCACAUAGCUCAGGUGCCACAGGGGGAGCAGGUGCAGAUCACGCAGGACAGUGAGGGAAAUCUACAAAUUCACCAGGUUCAUGUUGGACAGGAUGGACAGGUGUUAAGAGGGCCCCAGCUCAUUGCCGUUGCAUCUGCUGAUGGGACAGGAGCAGUGGAGGCAUCUCCUCUGCAAGGCAAUGACAUCCAGGUUCAGUAUGUCCAACUGGGGCCUGUCACUGACCACACUGCUGUCCAGGCAGAGGCACUAGGUCCAGCGCUGCAAGCAGAGAUGGAGGUGAAGGAGGCCAUUCAGAUCCAGCAGAGUGAAAACGGAGAAGUGGUCCAGAUCCAGAUGCCAGUCAACACUGUGGGCACCUGAGAGACCAAUGCACGAGUUCUCUCUCACAAGCCACAAUACUCCUACACACACACACACACACACACACACACACACACACACACACACACACACACACACUCACACUCACUCACUCACAUACUCUUCCAUGACUCUGCAACAAAACUUUCUGAGAGAGAGAGAACCUUAGACUUAUGAGUGUGGAAGCUCGCUUAAACUAAAUCAAUGACUUGAGUCUGCAACCAUGAGCUAAAUCCAGGCAAAGAGUCUUAGUUCAGACAAACACUGCACAAAUUCCUUUUGUGUCAGCCUGUCUACUGUCAAUCUCCUGACAAUCACAGCCUGUUAAAAUGGCUGUUUAGAUUAGCAACACACUAGCAGUGUGGCUUGUACACUAGUAGACUCAUCAGUGCUGCCUCUGGCCCAGAAGUGGACAGGGAAAAUGUGUUAAUUUUUUUUUUUUUUUUUAAGUCCCCCACCUCUGCAUCUGUGCUCCAUCACUA